ACCCCGCUGAGUGUUUAAUUAAGCCUGCGGCCUGCUGCCGUUGUGUUUGGGUCGCUGUAUUUCUGGCAGCAAGUGCGUUGAAAAAGAAUCAAUUUCCUGUUCGGCUGGUGGAGCUCGGUUAGCUAACAGGAGGAAGUUUCCUUGUCCCGACUGAAGCAGAAAACAGAACUCUGAUAAGGUCAUCAGGCAGUCUCCCUAUGUCAGUCCGAAACGGGUCUGCCAGUGAUGCAGACUGCCGGAUCUCUGAGGACUGCAGCGUCCCAGAUGUUGAGCUGAUGGAGCUCGGGCCGCUGCUGGAGGAGGGAGGGGGGCUGCAGGGGCCAUGUAAAGGCGUGCAUCCAGAGGGAGCAGCAAUGCUUGCUGAUGAGGAAGAAGAGGAUGAUGAGGUGGGCGAGGUUUUGACUUUACCUCUUCAGGCUCAUCAUGCCAUGGAGAAAAUGGAGGAGUUUGUGCACAAGGUGUGGGAAGGUCGCUGGAGGGUCAUUCCUUUUCAUGUCUUGCCCGACUGGCUGAAGGACAACGAUUACCUGCUGCAUGGACAUCGACCUCCGAUGCCUUCGUUCAGGGCCUGUUUCGGAAGUAUCUUCAGAAUUCACACUGAGACGGGAAACAUCUGGACUCAUCUGUUAGGGUGGAUCUUAUUCGUUUGUCUGGGCACUUUAACCAUGUUGCGCCCCAACAUGUAUUUUAUGGCACCUCUGCAGGAGAAGGUUGUGUUUGGGAUGUUCUUCCUGGGAGCAGUCCUGUGCCUCAGCUUCUCCUGGCUUUUUCAUACUGUCUACUGCCACUCGGAAAAAGUCUCUCGCACAUUCUCCAAGCUCGACUACUCGGGCAUCGCCCUCCUGAUCAUGGGCUCCUUCGUGCCCUGGUUGUACUACUCCUUCUAUUGUUCCCCUCAGCCUCGACUUAUCUACCUCACCAUCGUUUGUGUUCUUGGCAUCGCUGCCAUCAUAGUGGCCCAGUGGGACAGAUUCGCUACCCCUCGUCACAGGCCAACAAGAGCAGGGGUGUUCAUGGGUCUUGGACUUAGUGGCAUUGUCCCCACCAUGCACUUCACCAUCGAGGAAGGAUUCGUAAAGGCCACCACAGUCGGACAGAUGGGUUGGUUUUAUCUGAUGGGCGCCAUGUACAUCACUGGUGCCGGUCUGUAUGCGGCCAGAAUCCCAGAACGUUUUUUCCCCGGAAAGUGUGACAUCUGGUUUCAUUCUCAUCAGAUUUUUCAUGUCCUGGUCGUGGCGGCAGCGUUUAUUCAUUUCUACGGCGUCUCCAACCUGCAGGAGUUUCGCUACGGCCUCGAAGGAGGAUGCACAGAUGACUCUCUACUCUGAAAGGCCCAACUGUGACUUACUUUUCUUUACAGCUACACCCACACAAACACACACCCAUACACGCAAAAUGCUGCUGGACAUCAGUAUAGUCUCUUCUUGCUCCUUCUGUACUUCUGGGUUGCUUACUUUGGGUUUUAGUGGUCUUUCUGCUUUGGCUUUUUUGCUCCAGUAAAGUAGCACUUACUAGCCAACGUACUAUGGAGGGAUCAGACAUUACUUAUUACUAUGAUAACUGUCAGAUAAGUGUUACAGAUAGUGUUUUCAACUAGGAUUAAAGUGGGAUUUUAACCAAAUCUGAUAACCUCUUCAUAGGUUCUCUCUGUUACCCUGAACCUUUUCAUGGUCUGUUACAGUUGCACAAAAGGGUUCAGAGAGUAAUAUUAUUUAUGCUAAAGGAGAAGGCCUGGACUUCAAGUCAUCUCCCCUCAUAUGCAGGUUAGGAUGGUUGGAGGGUUUACAGCGGCGUGGAGGCUGGAGAGAACAGACACGACUGCGUAAGGAGUGGGAAACUGUCUGAAUGUCACCGGAUGUUUGUUUUCAAUACUGAUAUUGAUUACCUAUGUUUGGCUUCUCAGCAAUAAAGGAAAAGCAAAACAGUGACAUUUCUAAAACCCCAUUCAGUAGAAAACUCCAGUGUUUUUAUAAUGUUUUAAGGCGAAUUUGAAACAGCUCUCCAGGCACUCCAGAUGAGAAGAGUCUCUAAUGUCCGAGCAGAAUAAUUUAACGUGUACAACCUUUAUUGAGGAAUCAGGUGAAUUCAUAGUUUCUGAUAACAUCUUUGGAUGUUUUGCCUCCUUUUGGCAAACAACCAAAAUGGAUUACUUUCAAACCGUUCAAUGCAACAGAGAAGCUAAUUGUAAUUGUUUGUAGCUGCUGUGCAAAAAUAAACCUAAAUCAGGUUACAUUGGGACAAAGUCUUCAUCCCAUCGCAGAUCAAUUAGGAAUAACGCUUCAAUUAUAAACUCUUAGUUGGUAGUUCUUGAGCUGCGACCAAUGUACGGAUCUGAAUCGGCGAUCAAACUCCAUCUUAGUCAACUGGAGGUUUUUCUUUACUGCUUGAUUUCAGAUGUAAAGAGGUGUAAACAUUUAGCGCACCUUACGUACGUUAGAGGAUUAAAUUCAAGACUGUAAAUCAUUAAAUGAGGUUUAAAAAUGUGUUCUGGAUGAUUGGUAGAAACUUUUGAGUAUUCCUGUGCCUUACGCCAACGGAAAUGUUUUUAAAUAAAACGGCCUAUCUUAACGGUCAACGGAUCAUCCAGGAUUUAGGGUUUUUUUUUUUUCUUUCUCCUUUUCCUCACCAUGUAUACAAUCAAAUCAUUAUUAAAGUUGCAAUUCCAUUGAUAGGUUGUACACAAUGCUGUUAAAGACUCUUUUUUCUAGAUGAUCUUAUUCAAGCUUUAUUACAAAGACUAAACAUGAGUAUCCCUGACUUUGUGUAAUGUUCUGUGUAGAAGGUGAUAAAAAUCAUACAUUUCUUUGAAAUGUAAAUCUAAAUAUUUAUUAAUGGUAAUAUUGGAAAAUUAUUGUAAUAAAUUCUUUUCCAUAUGUAA